GCACGGCGGCGGCGGCGGCCGCGGAGGUCGAAGGGACGACGAGGACGACGAGGAGGUCGAGGAGUCCGGCAUCCAGGCGCAGCUGCCGACGCGGCUGCAGCUCGGCGUGCUGGUGGGCACAGCGCUCGUGCUGACCCUGGUGGCCGACUUUACCAGCUCGACCUGCCCCGUGACGAGCGCCUACCUGUCAUACGCGCGGAUCGACUUUUCGAUCAUGGAGAACGUCACCGUGCAGCAGCAGAGCUAUGAGGAGGGGCUCUCCUUCGAACUGCCGGCGCAGAUGAUGUUCCUCGCCGCCUGCGCCAUGGCGGCCUUCGGCGUGUGCGCCCUCGCUGCCGGUGCGCGCGUGGCCGACGACAUCUUUGCGAUGGUGUUCGCCGUCGGCACCGGCACUGUGAUGGUUGGCUGGCUUGCGCCGCUACUACUCGCCUCCGAGCACCUCGAGGUGGAGCUCGUGACGACGUGGGGGACGACGGCCUGGUGGGGCAACCGCACCGCCGACCCUGUCGUGCACGGCGCCGAGUACAAGUUUCCACUCGACCUGACCUGCGGAGGAUCGCUCUACCUGACGCUCCUCGUCAUCGGGCUGGCGAUGCUCCUCUCCCGGCUGAUGCUGCCGGUCGCUCUCGCGGCCACGGGGCUCCUCUCGGGGGUCACUGCUGUGCGCCUGCUCGCAAACUUCUUCCCGCAGCUGCUUGUCCACGCGCCGCGGCAGGAGGUGCUCUGGUCGUGCGGGCAGCAGUGCGUCGUCCCGCUCUCGCUGACGGUGUACGCGCCCGAGUCGCUGCUGCCCGACGGCUUCGGCGCAGAGGUCUACCUGGGCUACCCCGUCCAGUGGUUCUGGUACCUCGCGGCUCCCUUCGCCAUCGCGCAGGCCGCCCUGCUGCUGUUCCGAGGCUCGGAGCGGGCUCUCAUCGUGACGACCGCUCUGCUCGGCUCAUUCGCCUCUCUCAAGGGCGUGGCGAUGCUGGGCGAGUACUACCGGGGCGAGUACCUUGUCGAGGCGUUCGAGACGGACACGGCGCGAGGCGCACCUCGCGCGGGCCUGCUCAGCGGCGUCUUCCAGGUGGUGCUCUUCGUCGCCGGCAUUGCGGUGCAGUACGCCGUCUUCCCGCCCGACGGCAUGCGCGAGGCGAGGGCGAGGGACAAGGCGCGGCGCCAGUCCCGCUACCUCGAGCUCAACGACAACUGACGGGGCGGAGGGAGGCGCGUGCAGCCUCGUGGCGCCAGGGACCGGCGCGGCGCCCUGGCUACCUCUCGAAGCGCCGGCUUGUACGGCUUAGUUUACGCCCCGGUUGCCCGUUACGAGCGGGCAGGGGCCCGCCCUGCCCCUGGCCGCGGGGCGCGGGCGCCGGGCGCUACCGCGGGAGUAAUUUUGAUUUCGUGUGGUUGGAACCCGGGAGUACACAUGUACGAACGUCCUUGAUGCUUGAACUCCAGGGUACAGGUAUGCCAGGCCCUAAAACGCUAACACACGGGCCCGCACAGGCCACAGCCGUGGCGGAGUGUCCGGUUCGCUAGAGGCACUCAGAGCGAGUGGAGCCACAGACACACACGCCCUGGCCCCCCCCUGCCUGCCGGCGGGAAGUGCACCGCAUGCCACAUAUGUGAGGAAGGCAGACCUGUCGUCCUCCGCUGGGACGGCGCUCUCUCACCCGGACGGCGGUACCCGCCAGACGGGCGGCGAGGAGGCGCUGGCGCCGGGCAGCAAAGCUAAGCUCGGCGCCGACACGGCCGACGCCCCCGCCUGCUGCCGCAUCUCUAGCUCCGCCGUCGUCUGCUCGAAGGCGGUGGGGCGCGCGUCGGCGAGGCUCGCCCUGCCGGCGCCUCGCCCGCGAAUGUCGCCCCACCAAAACGGACAGCAGCACCCGUCGCCGCCGCCCUCGUCGCCGCCGCCGCCCCCCUCGCCGCCGCCCGCCGCCUCCGAGCGGUCGUCGCCUCGCCUGCUCUCCGCCUCCUCCGGCACCGCCGUCGCGAUGGUCCUACGCGAAGGCAGCGCGCUAUGCGGCUCCGUGAUUGCCUCUCUAGCGGCUUCCCCCGCGGGCGGAAGCAGGUGAGAAGCAGGUG